AAUUCUAAGAAUAACUUAGUUACAGAAAUACAGAAUCAAAAUACACAAUCUUUCAAAUUAUGAGUGAGUCAAACUCUUCAGAUCCGACGACAUUCCUGUACUUGGAUAUGCUAUCGGAUCUUUUAAUGCGCGACACCCUUGAGAUGGAGACGUCUUUUAACAACCAGAUGAAGUUCAUCAAGGACCAGGAGCAAAAGGUUUUGGACAAUGCCAAAAAUGUAUUCUCAAUGGACCAAUUGCUGGGCUCAAUAAAUUGCUGUUUGCUUAAGGUAGAAAUGGAGCUGAAUGACAACGAGUUUAAUUUGAUCGAGGCAGAGAAGGCUGUUACUCGACUGGAGCAGGCUUGUCCGAGAUCUGAUAGCACGGCUUGUCGAACAUAUCCCUUGGCCCGCUUCACCUACCAGGAUUUGCUGAGUUUACUUCUGUCUGCGGAAAGUACAGCCGCCCAGUGCAACACCUUAAGGGAGGAGAUCGAGAUGUACAACAAAGAGGCGUCCGAAAAACUACCUCCAAAAAAUGUGAUUACCAAGAUCAUGGAUUACCACAAUAAUAUCCUGUUGUCUUUGGAAAAAGAAAUCCAAAAGUUGCAGAGCGAAGUCACGAAAGUUCAGCGAGAGUACGAAGUGCUAAAAGGAAAACAGGAAGCUAGCAAAUACCUUCCACAGUGCUCCUGCAAAAAUAACGUCGAGGUAAAGCCCAUGUGAAAUACAACUACGCAUGUAAUCCAAGAUUUGAUAACAUAAUAUAUCCAUACGUAUAGUAUAAAUGCUUACAAUGCUGCAAGUUAAA